AGCAGCUCCGCACUCCCCACCCCUCUAUCAUAUUUCAAAAUCCAUGUGGGUAUUUGGCUACGGGUCGAUCGUCUGGAAGACGGAGUUCCCCGCGGAAGACACGGUAUUUGGCUACGUCGAGGGCUGGCAUCGCCGCUUUUGGCAGGGCAGCCCGGACCACCGCGGCUCACCCGAGGCCAAGGGCCGCGUCGUCACGCUCAUCAGCCGUGAAGAGAUGAAGAAGUUCGACGACGAGCACGCGCACCUGGCGGGCGAUCACAUUACUUGGGGCCGUCUGUACAAGGUGCCCGACGAGGAGGUGCAAGACACGCUCACCAAGCUUGACAACCGUGAGCAAGCGGGCUACGACCGCCAAAUGGUUGAGGUGCAUUGCGUCGACGGCGUUGUUCGCAAGGCGCUGGUCUACAUCGCCACACCAUCUAACUCGGACUUCCUCGGCCCGUCCCCCGUGGACGAAAUGGCCAAAGAGAUCGCUACUCGCAGCGGCUUCAGCGGCCCCAACUUCGAGUACCUCUUUAAGCUCUGCGACUGCAUGCGCGCACUACAGGUCCGCGACCCGCACCUCAUGUCGCUGGAAAAGGCCACGCGCAAGUACACGUCGGCUAUGAGCUGGAGCACCAGCGACACUGGAUGUGGUAUACAGUAA